GUUACUCCUCGGUUAUCUUUUAUUCCCAAGGAAAAAGAAAAUAAAAAGAAAAAUAAAAAACAAUUUCUAGGGUUUUCAGCACCUGCCCCAAAAGAAGAGCAGCAGAGGAGGGGUUGUGCAGAAGAUAGCUUUUCUUCUGCUUUCUUUUUCUCUCUGUAGAAUUUGAGGAAGCGAGCUUUGGUAUUAGAGAAGAAGAUUACAAGUUCAUCAUGUCUUUGAUGAUGAUGAUGAAGAACAAUAUGGCUCUUUUGACCAGGGAAAGAGAUCAGAUAAAGCGAAAAAGAAACAUUCAAGAAGAAAAGAUGUCUCCUUUGAUGGGUGUUGUUAGUUGUAUUUGUCAAUGAGAGAGAGUGUGUGAGAAGCCCUUCAUUCUCUUUAUUCCUCUUUUUCUUUCCCACACGCUUGAUGUCCAGUAGAUGUGAUAGGCCUUCAAGGGUAGUUCUUGUUCCUCAACCUCAGUUUCUCUCUAUCUGCUCUCUUUGUUAAAUUUUCUUGCUCUUCCGCAAAGUGGUUCAAAAAUGCCGAUGUACCAGCCAUCUGGCCGGAGAAGAGAUGGGGGUGUCAUGUAUGAUGUGGGCGGCGACGGUGGGCAUGUCUUAGAUCUCGAAACCGCCGUGAAAGAUGGGAUUUUGGGGGGCGGAGGUGGGGUUGUUUGCGGCAGCGGAGUCACUGAGAAAUUGGAUCUGAAAAAGAUGAUUGAAGACCUGGACUCCAUUGAUGUUCCGUCUGUGUUCAUAUGCCCAAUUUCGUUAGAGCCAAUGCAGGAUCCUGUGACCAUUUGCACUGGCCAGACCUACGAGAGAUCCAACAUCGUGAAAUGGUUCUCUAUGGGGCACUUCACUUGCCCCACAACAAUGCAGGAGCUCUGGGACGAUUCCAUCACGCCAAACAAGACUCUUUACCAACUAAUUUAUAGUUGGUUUUCGCAGAAGUACUUGGUCAUGAAGAAGAGAUCAGAAGAUGUGCAAGGCAGAGCAUUGGAAGUCUUGGAGACGUUAAAGAAAGUUAAGGGUCAAGCUAGGAUUCAAGCCCUCAAGGAACUUCGACAGGUUGUCUCAAUUCAUGCUUCUGCCAAGAAGACGGUGGCCGACAAUGGUGGUAUCGGUCUGAUUUCCUCUCUAUUAGGCCCCUUCACUUCGCAUGCAGUAGGGUCGGAAGUAAUUGGGAUUCUUGUGAACUUGAGUCUCGAUUCAGAAUCAAAGUCAAAUUUGAUGCAGCCAGCAAAGAUAUCACUAAUGGUGGACAUGUUGAAUGAGGGAUCAAUCGAGACCAAAAUCAAUUGUACAAAAUUGAUCGAAAUUUUGAUGGAGGGGAGGGAUUUUGAAUCGGAGAUUGUGCCAAGCUUGAGUCUUUUGGUUGGAUUGUUGAGGUUGGUAAAGGAUAAGAGGCACCAAAAUGGGAUCUUGGCUGGCCUCGCCCUGCUCAAGACAAUUUGUUUACACGAGCCAGUGCGGAACUCAGUAGUGAGCAUAGGGGCUGUUCCUCAAUUGGUUGAGCUGUUGCCCAAUUUGAAUCCCGAGUGCCUGGAAUUAGCCCUUUGUAUCCUGGAGGUUCUGUCAACUCUUCCACAAGGAAGAUUGGCUUUGAAGGAUUGCCCAAACAUGAUACCAAAUGUAGUGAAAUUAUUGAUGAGGGUUUCCGAGAGCUGUACCCAGUUGGCAUUGGCCAUCUUAUCAGCAGUUUGCAAGCUUGCCCCAGAGGAAUGUGCUUCACUUGCCGUGGAAGCUGGCCUUGCUGCGAAGCUCCUCCUCGUUAUUCAGAGUGGUUGCAAUCCUGUAUUGAAGCAAAGGGCUGCAGAGCUCUUAAAAUUGUGUAGUCUAAAUUACACGGCCACCAUCUUCAUAUCCAAGUGUAAGCUUACAAGAACGAUACAAUGAAAAGACCAUGGGAAAUUUGUUCAUAUACAAACUCUCAUUUCCCCUCCGGCCGUGGGGGACAAAGGUGCAAAGAGCUUGUGGGACUCAAACAGAUUUCUUAACAAUGUGAAAUGGGGUUUAUGAGGUACUCCUGUGUAUACUUGAGGACUUUGAUUUUGUCAUUUGAUUUCACAAGAAGAAGCAUCAUAAUGUGGAGUUUUCAGGUUGUUUGCCGACAGGGAUACAGUCGAUUACAUGAUUGAUUCAUUUCACAACAGAGCAUCAUAACCAUACUACUGGGGUGGAGUUUGGAUGGGGUUUGGGAUGUAAGAAUACAUGAAGAGGGAAGGGGGAGGAAGGGAAGGGAAUUCUAGUAGGCUUGUUUCUUCAAUUGUAAUUGUAUUUAGUUUUAUUUGGUUGCCAUGUCCCAUUGAUCCCUAAUUUUUGCUUUGUUCUUUUGAAGGGAUUUGUGGGGUUUAGAUUUUGUCAUUUGGGUUGGAAGUGGUGUUAACACUUUUAGUCCUGCCAUUGUAGAGCUUCUGUCAUUUCAACAUGAAACCAAUGUGUACAAUGAAUAUUUCUUUUCUUUCUACUUGGUGAUGGUACCAACUAUUUUUUUC